UCACAAGAUGCCUGCCUUAAUUUUAUAAAAAAGAUCGUUUUAUGGGAGGAGCAAAAUUGAAAACUUUCAAAAAAAAAGUAUAAAAACCAGUACAUUUCUUCUCAAAAUAACAAUUCUAUUUUUGAAGUUGAUCAGAAAUUGUUCUUACUUAUCUAAAAAUGAAAUUGCUCGUUUUACUUUUUACUGCUUCUAUCGCAGUUUGUGCUUAUGCUCGCAGAGAAUGUGAACCAGUUCAACCAGUACCACAGCCAGAACCAGAACCAAUGUGUCCAACUUGUAGCCAAGGACAAGAAAAUGGUUUAACUUACGUUCAAUGGAAAACAGAGAAUUGGGAGAAUUCUGCAGUAGCUGCUGGUACUUGCCCUGCUGACAGCCACCCACGUAUCAUUGUCGGUGAAUAUCUGAACGAGCCACAAGAAGGAAACAGAUGCUGUUGCGAACCUGACGACAGUCGCAACUACCCUGAAGUUGCUGUUCCAGUUGGUUCACCUGAAUAAAUAUUUCAUGGUCCUCCAUUAAUUUUUGUAAAAAGUUAAUAAUGGAAAUAAAAGAAAAUAUAAAAUAUUUUUCAAUUGAUAAUCAUUUA